UCGCCCGCAGCGGUGGUUGCGGAAAAGUGCAAGCAGGACGCGGGGCAGGUGGCGGAAAUUAUGGACGACUUUGAGUACUCGCUGGAAAACUAUUUUGUGGACGUCCGGUAUCCAAGUGAAAAGCUGCGUUACUAUAGGUGUCGUGGAGUGACAGCAUGAAAGAUUUGUACUGCUUGACAGAGAAAGCCUGUUGUCAUGCGCAGGCAGCAUGUGAAAACUAAACACAUACUUAUGUUCUUGAAAAGAGGACUUCAUGUUAGCUCGCCAGCAUGACAAGCGCAACUCUGUGUUUGCAUCCUCGUCUGCAUGACAGACUUUUUCCACUAUGUACACUUUCUUCCUUGGAUAUCCGGCUGGAAGAUAACCGGUAUUUCCGCAACCGGUUUCUGCUAUGCAUUGCAAAUAUGUCUUAGUCUGGAUUUGUGAUGCGAAAUUUGCAGGACAAAAAGAUCUGUGAUGCAUGAGGAGGAUUGGCUAGCUAUUUUGUCGUGCUGAAACAAGGUAGUUUGUCAUGCAAAACGCGCCAGAGCUCGCAGUUUGUCACGCAAGACUCAGCAACACAAAUUCGCUAUCCAGCCCCAGACAUGUUUGCAUUUGAUAUCUGCGGUUCGCGUACGUUUUGGAAAAGCAGGAGAAGCAGCUGGAGACCUUGGCGAAAGGGGCGAAGCGCAUCCAGGACUGCAUGCUCGAGGAGGUGGCCGGGAUCUACGACAAAAAUGUGAGACAGCUGUAUUGCAAGAAAGAAGAUGACGUUGAAAGAGAUGUAAAGACUUCCGCCCAGGAAGUUGUAGACACCACGACGCCGGCGCAACAGGACACGACCCUCGAGGCGAGCAGUUUUUGUGCUUCGCCGCCUUCCUUCAAAAGAAAACGGCACGACGAACGGGAGAAAGAGAAAAAGGAACAGUAUCAAGCCACCCGCGCCGAAAAAGCGCUCCAGGCUGCUAAACUUCCGUACAGCAAUGUGCAGCGGUUCACGUGGGAGAGCCAGUUCCUGCAAUCGCUGCUGAACCCCCGGUAUCGAAUGCAAAUAUGUGGUCUGGGUCUGGAAGAGUGCAACUUGUAAUGCCACCUCUGGACUCUAAAAAAAUCUGUAUUGCAUGAGCUGCAAGAAGAGGAGCCCAGUUUUGGCUACGUGGAGACGACGUUCUUUCUCAUGCGGAAUAGGCAUGAAGACGCCCGUAAAAUAAAAUCUGUGAUGCUGGGGCAUGCAUCACAGACAUCAUGGGUCAUGCAAAAUGUGCAUGAAAAGCCUCGCAUCCUUCCAGACCCACACAUAUUUGCAAUGCAUACCCGGUAUCUGCAGCACGUGGUAAAAAAACACGUCGACGAUCCGGAUUUCCGCUGGUUUCUGCGGUAUCUCCUGUACUUCCGAAACCCGACUUACAUAUCCCACGAAAAAAGUGUUUACAGUUACACAUCUGUUGUCAAUGCAGCAACACAGAUUUCCCUGCAUGAGAGAGAAAAUUUGCACCGCAGAAACCCUACGGGAAAACACGUAUGAAACAAGGCUCCUAUGCUUAUCCGGCAUGACCGAGGUUGUCUGUCAUGCUGGGCUUGCAUAGACUAUGUGUGUAACUGUAACACUUUUUUCUUGCGAUAUUACAAAAUCUUUCUCGACUACCCGGUCGCGGUGGAACUUAUUGCGAGGAAAAAUCCCCCCACCUCCCCACACUGUUGAAAAGGUCUUCUUCUAAAAGUUUGUCAUGCUGAUUUGUGACCACAAAUCCUGUCUCUCGUGCAAAAGGGCAAACCCAAAGGAUCCGCCGGGUUAUGCAGGCGAUUUGUAAUGCUGUUGCGCUUACAUGGCAGGCCUUUCCUUUUGCUAUGCUAAGCACCUACACCAAAUAACAACACCCCUACGCAGACUUAGGCUUUGCCUGCAGUGCCUCACUGCAAGACAGUGCUGAUUUGUGUACACAAAUCCCGCAUCAGAGAUUUCCAUUUUGUUAUGGGGCCGCGGGGCGAUUUUUAAUUUUGAUAGAACUGCUGGAGAUUUUGCUCGUGGAUAACUGCAAGCUUUUGACGAUGUGGUCGAAAAUUCUGAACGAAAACAAGAUCGACAGCCUCUCGACCUCCUCGAUCUUAUCAAAUGCAAAAAUGUCUGAGUCUGGGAAAUUGCGAGAUUUGCCAUGCAGAUUUUCCAUGAUCCGUGCCGUCUGAUAUGCAGGACCUUGCAUGAAAGAUUCUGUGAGACCCCUAGCAUGCCUAUCCUGCAUGAGAAGCCUCCUCCCAACUUGGCGAAGGUGGCCAGGCUAUCAGCGUUUAUUGAGGGUAGUCGAAAGCUGGCGCGGCGACUGUUGAAAUUACAGAAAAGACACGCAGGCGCCAGCGCGUCGCUUGACCCAGAGCGCGUAGCGACAAACGAGGGCGUCGACGCGGCCACCGACUUGGCCAGAACGGUCGAGAGCUCCCCGGACCUCCGACAGCCGGAUUGCGCCGUGUCCCGAACGCGAGAGGAUCGAUGUGGAUGAGAAGUGGCCGCUUUCGAUCUCCAGCAUUGAAUCGUGGAAAAUGCAGCUGGAAGCCAUUGCAAAGCCAUCGGUCGGAGAUCGCGUCUUCAGAUGUGCGCACUGCUCCGGAACCGCAGCCCGACUCUGCGCGGCGGUGCUUGUUGCCUGCUGAUCCUUCCGCGCCGCCGGCGAAGGCAGGCGGGAAGCGAAACCAUCCAAGUCCUCGAAAGUAGAUGGCGACGACGUGCGCGUCGUGACGAACCUCCACAACCUCCUGGGCAUUUGUCGCCUAACUUCUCGGGAUCCGCACCCGGAUGCAGCGAGGGCGCGAAGGUUUUGCCGAAACGCUGCUGGAUGUCAUGUGCAGGAAAACAUCGCAGCCCAGUGGGCCUAUCUCGACUCCGGGCGGGCAAUUGCUAAGGCGCCCGAUGGUUUCACAGCCGUGGACGAGGACGGGCGGCGGCUGCUUCGUGGGCCACUGACUGAGCUGCUGCAGCGCUCUACACAGUUGGGCCGAGGCCUGUGCGGCGCACGCAGGCGGUGGCGAUCCAGCCGGCGGCGCGGGUGACUCCACACAGAAGAGCGAGCCACUCGGGCCAAGCGCAGCCAUUCUCUGCGGCCUCAGCUGCUGCCCGAUUUUGGACCGGUGCGCGGGCGAACUUCGCCCGACUCUGCGAGCGUUCCAUCUGGAGUUCGAUGCUGCGGCCUUUCUCGGGGGCCUAUGCCUCCCGCUCUCGGACCAGAAGAAGCGCCUGCAUUCCCUCGAGGCAUAUCCUGACCAGCGACGCGUGGGCAGCAAGCGAUGGCGGCGGUCCGGAGUCCGAGGGGGCUGCAGUGCUCGCCCUGGCCAAGUCCGACCCAAAAGCGGGGGCCUGGCGCAAGAAGCUGCCCGCAGAAGGCACGCAAGGACUCGUAGAAGAAGACGGGCGAAGCCUGGAAGGAAGUCGACGCAUCCGGCAAGGCGAUAGGCAAAGCCAUGCAAGCAGGAAAAAGCGCGGGGGCCCCCGGAGCGGCUGCAGGCGCUAGCAGCUCAUCCGCGAAGGCGGUCAGCGGCUCCACUACCGCCGAGGCCCUUAAUGAGAUGCGUUUGCCUUCACUCCGUGCACCAUUCAAGACCCCCCCCGAGAAUCCCGGCAGUCAGCGAGUCGUAGUAUUUGGGUUGACAAAGGGCGCCGCUUUGGCGCAGCAACCAACGGGAGGCGUUCGCAAUCUUCGCCUACAGUCUGCUACAGUCCGCCGGGCAGCCGAUCCCGGAGGAACUGUCUGGCCGCAAAUGCUGCAGCGCACACCCUCGGCAGGACGCAGGCAGGGGACGACUUCAAGCCCCUCCGCCAGGCUCUUGAAGAUACCACGGGGGCCACAAGUGCGACGCUACGACCGGCCGGGCCCCGCUGUUUUGCCGGCUCGGGACGCUCAGCGGGAAGGCUGCAGAGGCCAAAGCAGUGCAGUGGAAGAAGCUGAAGGCCGGCCAGAUCAUACGGGGGAGCCGCAUGGGCCUCGGGUUCCUCUACCUGCCUCCGAAGAUUCGGGGGGCCGCGGCGGGCGAAACAUUCGCGAGGAAGAUGGGCGCGGGACGCGCGCGCGCCGACCGACGAAAGUGGAAGCCCCGCGCCAGCUGGGGCCUGGGUCCAGUUGCGUCGCUGCUGCAGUACGUGACCAGCGAGAAGAGUUUCAAGAGCUUGCAGGAGUUCGCAGGUGCCGACCACAAUGAGAACCAGGUUUGCGCUGCGCGAGUUGCCCCCAGUAGUGGCACGCAGGAGAGGGCGCUGGAGCAGCUCGGCAGGCUUCGCGCCGGUUCGAAGCACCAGCGAGCUGGCGCCGUUGUGUGGGAUGAUCGGCCGGGGCGAUGUCAACCCUAACAGCGAGACCGUUGCGCACUUCGUCUCUUUGGCCCUGUGGCAGGUCGGGGACCCUGUCAGCCCUCGCGAUGCCCAGCUACUCCGGCAGCAGACGCAACCUCCGCAGUCAGAAGCGGCCCCGGAGAAGAAGACGGCGGGACUUCUCGACGGCGUGCAGUUUGCCACCGUCGGGAGCGGGAAAAGAACCGGCGCGGAGGACCACGAGAACUUCGAGGAGGAUACGCGGUGGGCUCGCGCCACGUCGCGCGACCUGGUGAACCCGGAAAGCACCCGGCGGCACGACCUUGCUGGAGAGGUGUGGAAGCCAGCGCCUGGGAAGUUCGGAAAACGUUGGGGACAAACGGCGUUGCUCUAUGUGUCCGGUUUCGUCGGCCUCCACUUGUUCGGGCGCUGCCCGGUCUCCCGGAAAACGGACGCGGCAAAGCCUCUCAUGCUGGUGCGGACGACGGCAGUCAAGUGGCUCGACGAUUUGCGCGGUGCGGGUGACGCGGGCAGCGAGCUGCGUCGCAGGUGUGUGCUGGAUGUGGCGGUCGCGGGCUCCUUGACAUUCGCAGAAGGCCCCGCGCUUCUUACCGGACACCCGGAGGACCAGCAGCAGCAUGGCGGGGCAGCUUCGGGAAGCGUGGCCGAGGGUCUUCGCGGGUGGCCGACGUUCAGGGCGAUCGUGGCCGAUCACGGUGAUAGCGGCUUGCUGGAGUCGGGCGGCGGAAGUCCAUUGCGGCGCGGCGCCUACUUUUUCGCCGAGCGACUGGCGGGCCGCCUUGCGCCGGCGCUGCGCCGGGCGGCCGCGGCCGCGAAGAAAGUCCGAGGGCGUUACGAAGUUCGUGCGGGGCUACUGGAAGCAGGGCGCGGGUGCGGUGUUGUCGUCCGCGGGAACCAGCUGGAAGCGUGUCGGACUGGGAAAGCCGACGCGGCGGCAGGCCUGGCGCAAGUACCACGACGGCGGGGCUUGUUGGCCCAGGAUGUCUGCAAUGCACGACCUAGCAUCACAGAUUUUUGGACGGCUUCCUGAUGCCUACUCCGCGUGACAAAUGCCCUCCCCAAGAUGGCAGCGCGCGAACCUCGCCUCGACACGUCCCCGCCAGCCCUGCUACGGGGUGCGGCGAUGCUAGUCGUAUCGUUCUCGCCAGCCCCCGAGGCACGGCGCUGCUUUUCAUCCCGUCCCCGCCAGCUGACUCCAUGUAGCAAGGCGCUGCUAACUGUACAAAAAGAAAAAGAAGAGAAGGGAAUGGAUUAAAGAAGUGGCGGCGAGGUUGCUAGUUUAACGACCGCGCUAAAGCAGCGCCCCCCUUCCCCAAGGGGUCCCCCGGGGCGGGCGCGGUGGCGGCUCUGCAAAUGCGGAGCUCCGCGGGCCGAUUCUCCGGAAACGCAUAGAAAAGGGCGCGGGAAACAGGUCGGCAAAAAGUGUCUGAAAGGGAGACGCCGUGGGGUCGUCUGCCAUCACGAUAGCAUCAUCGUGCGUGAUCAUUAGACCCCCAGUAUAUUUUUUAGCGCGCAACCGGCCACAAAAGUAAGACCUUGGGCAAGCUUGUAUGACUAACCCAUCAGGGCAAUGCUGGGACUCCACCUUGCUCGCGGGCUUGGAUGGUAAGGCAGGUCAGCCAUACAUGGCGCCCGCUCAUUGUAGCUACGCGUAAGCAAUCGAUAGCGGUUUUGCGGGUGCAGCCGGGUGGUAGCUAGGAAGUGGAUCGCGUAUCCACCUAGGGGCAUCGGCAGAGGCUAAACCUGUUCUGGCGCCCAGGUAUUGGCAGAGGCUAAAUCUGUUCCAACGCCGACCCGUCAGGAGUUAAAUGGUGCUACUACUACUACUAACUUGGUCAAAAGUGGACAACUUUUGGCAUUUGUGCAACACAGAUUUUUGCACGAUCCAGAGUGAGCUUUGCAAGUUGCGUCCUUCCAGACCCAGACAUUUUUGCAAUGCAUAGAUCUCUGGCAGUUACAACACGUUUUUCUCCGUCUUGGAGAUGCAAAUCAAGUUCGUUCGCGCCGACAAGACCGAGCGGCCCCACUUGUAUCCUGUGCAAAAGUAUCGUAGUCCAAGUAAAAAUCGCAGUCAUGCAUUACAAAUCUUCAUCCCAAGGUAAAACAGCAUGACAAACUCCAUUUCUGAUGCUGAGUGAAUUUGUCAUGCGAUUUCUACUAGUGCGAUGCACUUUUGCAAUGCAUCAGUUGGCGAGAGACCUGAUCUCCCUCGCGUCCGGGUUCAUAUCCAGGAAAAAAACUGUGUAAGUGUAACUUUGUAGGAAGAUCAGCAUCACAAAUUCGCUUUGCAUUACAGGUAAAACCUGUCAUGCGCAGCGAGUACGUGGAAACACCUAUGAAAGUGGCCUAUGACGCACCUCUAGCAUGACAAGUGUAACAGUUUAGCAUUUCCUGCAUCACAGACUUACACUUACACAGUGACAGUUUUUUUCUUGCAUAGUUCAGUGGCGAACUGCAGUUCGUCUACGAGAAGACACUGCACGACUAUCUCGAAAAGCAGCACGGUUAUGCAUUGCAAAUAUCCCUGCAUGUCUGGAAACCUGUGAUGCUGAAUUGCGCAUGACUGCAACGCUUGCAACGGCAGCCAAGCAUGACAACCUUUCGGAACGCUUUCCUCUGCGUGACACGCGAUACAAAUUGCCUUAUUGCAUAAUAAGGAACGCUGCUUAUUUGCUGCUCAUGCAACACAGAUUUUCCAGGAAUGCAAGAUACGCAUUACAACCUUCCAGAGGACCCAGACAUAUUUGCACUGCAUAACGGUGAAGCGGAGACAAAUGAGCGCGACAUCCGCGAGGCGGUGACGAGACAAACGCAGUGGGUCGAAGAAAAUUUCCCGGUGACCAGCGUGAACCCGCGGUCGUUGCCCCCGAACGUGAAAAUUGUCUCCAAGCCGAAAGACGCGGUGACGCAGCUGAAGAUCGAAAACAACCGGCUGAAGUCGGUGGCAACGGAGGACCCACCGGGCAAGAAAUUCCCUCUCGGGGGUAAAAGAACCGCGACCCUGGAUGAAGCUUUGAGCAUGCCGGCCCACCAGCUUCCGGGCCCACUGCCGGCGCUGGGCGAGCCGCAGCAAGAAUCCCUGAAUCAAGCACUCGUGCGAGUGCACAUGAAGCCGGAGCUGAUGACGAUGUUCACCGUGCAGCCCCUUUUGGAAAAGGAAGCGAAGGACCGGCUGGGGAACCUAUUGCCCAAGAAGAACCAGUAUCAGAUGCAAAAAUGUCUGGGUCUGGAAGAUUGCCAGGUUUGUCAUGCAUAUUUUGCAUGACCAGUGACGCAUGUAAUGCAUGCCCUAGCAUCCCAGAUUUUUAGAAGGCUUCCUGAUGCUUAUUCCGCAUGAGAAAAGCCCUCCCCGUGUAGCACAAACUGGAGUCCUUUUGCUAGUCAUGCAAUACAGAUUUUUUUGGAAUCGAAAGACAGCAUCACAAGUUACUUACCACCUUCCAGACCCACACAUUUUUGCAUUGGAUAGCCAGUUAUUACACGAGAUUUUCAACCGGAACAAGUUUUAUCGGGAGAAGGCUGAAAAGGAAGCGAAAGACGCGGCGGAGAAGGAACAGGAGGAGCAGGCAAGACAACUUCGAGAACAGCAAGCUAGACUUGUGGAGCAGCAGAAGCACCUGAGAAAGACGAUGCUGCCGCCUGGAAGUGGGCCCGCGCGACAAGGGAAAGUCGCCAGAACCGGUGCGGCAGGAAAACAACUUCAACUACACGGCACUGGGAUCAUGAAGAGGGCAGCUGCGCCUGGCACGGUUGCGAAGAGGGUGGAACUACACGGCAGAAGCGGAAAGAGCGCUACUAUGGGGCUGCAGAACUACGACUCCAGUGCAAGUAGUUCCUUGCCGAGUUCCAAUAUGAAUAAACUCCCACCAAGUAGUAGCGGUCUUCACCAAAGACCUGCAGUCAACCAGUCUUCUUCAUCCUCAUCCUCAUCUUCGGCAGUUCAUAAAAUCGAUCUGCAACGACAGAAUAAACCUGGAAUUCUGAACCAGCAGAGCAGCACGUCGCGAGGUCUUCUCGGGCUGGGAACUACUGGAAAAGCAGGAGCGCAAGAUGUUGUUGCCAAGGAGGUGAUGAGACAGCGGCAGGCAGCACAACAGCAAUUGCUAGUGGAAGAGGAACCGGAAGAUCCCGAGUUCGAUCUACAUCUCGAAAACAUGCUCCUUCUCCCAACGACGCUGUCUAAGCGCGGCACGGUCGAUUACGUCCGCUUGAAGAGGCCGUACCAGAAGGAACUGCAGCGGAGGAAACGGGAAAAGAACAAGGCCCGGGCGAUCCGCUUGGAAAGGGAGGCCCGAGAGAAGCAGGCAAAGCUACUGGCACAGCAGCAGAAAGUAUCACAGGAAAAAAGUGUUUUACAGUUUCACAUGUGUUGGAGUUUCUGCAUCGCAAAGUUGCUCGACAUGGCAAAGAAAACCUGUGUUGCGCAGACUAUAAUAAGGGAAAUCACGAAUGAAAUGAGGUUGGCAAGCAUUUCCCGCAUGACAGAACUUGUCUGUCUUGCUUCGCCUGCAACACGAUGUGUAUCUGUAAACACCUUUUUCUUAUGCGAUGGAGAGCCCGGGCGAAAGCUGCGGCGGCCGCGGCCAAAGCGAAAGCGAAGACACAGGCGGCCAGGUAUGAACUGCAAAAGCAUCGUGCUUGUUGUAUAAAUCGCAAUACAAAUUGCCUCAGCAUUACAAAUUUGAUUUGUAAUGCGGAUUUGCUAUAGCAAGUAGAUUUGUGAUGCAUAAAUGCGAUAAUUACUACGAGUGCGAUACUUUUGCACAGGAUACCAGGAACGCAAAGGCAACGGUCCGGAAAGGUGGCGGCGGGGGAAGGAGCGCGGCGAGUGGGCGGAAGAGGUGAGAAAAAGAGUUCGCGGGAUGAAAGUACGAACCAUGCGAGUACUCAAGUUUUAUUUCUCGUGGUACACUAGUAGACCUAAUCCUAAACUUGGAUAGCCGCAGCGACACAAAGCGACAGAAACAAACCGUAUCGAAACCGAUUAUAGUGGAACGGUUCUUAUAAUCGCAUUUUUCGCUUCCUCACGACCCUUACGACGUUUAAUGCCAUGUGCCUUUAUUUUCACUUAGCCUUUCCCUUUGUACGAGGAAAAUUAUAUACAGCCGCUACUUGUUCUUGCUUUUGCUUCUUGGUGCUGUAAAUACGUUGCACGGACGACUGAAGCAUGCGACGCCUCCGGAUUAUAUAUCAAGUAGUUCCUUGGGACACGACUGGAG